CUUAAUUUUGUCGUUUUUCAUGAUGGAAAACAUUAUAUAGGAAGAGACUGGUGGACUUUACUACCUUGUGCUGAUUUAAUAAAAUUUGCCAUAAUGCUACAGAUAAAUAUUCAUGGACCUGAUGGCAUAUUUUAUUUGGAGGGAAGAUAUUUCAUUUUUGAGUCCAACAGGAUUAAAAUUGUUGAUAAAGAACUUAUAUCCUGGGAGGGAAAUAAAAGAAUUCUUAACAAGUUGCCGACAAUUGAAUACGAAGGUGUAACAAUCAUUUUGCCUGCUGAGUUUGCUGCGAAAAAGAAUUCGAUUAUUAACGAUCAUAAAUCUUUGUUGGACAAAUGUUUUGAUACUGGAGAAACCUUUGUUUUAUAUAACCGAAAAGUUAAAUUUGUUGGUGACUCAAUGAUUCGAGUGUGCGAAUAUGAUCAAUGGUUUAAUGAGCAAUUUCAGCCGUUAGGUUAUAAGCAGAAGAGAACUUCGUUGAAAACUUUUCGUAUGCGCAUGGAACUUCCUAUGGAGUGGAAACUGAAUUUUUAUUGUUCAAUAGAUGAAGGAUUUUCUAGUCUAAAAAGGCACGUGUUGGAAUCGACAGAUCCUUUGGGGACUCCCUUCUUUGCUGGAGGUGUGAAAUGGAUGAUAAAUGGUCAUCAGGUGAAUCGUGUAAGUGUGUAAAAUUUAUUUUCUUAUUUAUUAUUUGCAUUUAACUAAAAAAAAAACU